AGAGAGAGGGAGUGAGAGAGUGAGAGAGAGAGAGAGAGAGAGUGGACAACACCAACACCAACGGUUAGCAGACAACUAUCAAACAACGGCCGUCUGACAGUCAUUUGAUUUCAACAAAUCCUCCUCACCGGUAAACAAUGUGACCAAGUGAGGGGAACACCUUGGCGAGGACUGUCAGAAACACAUGACAACCAACUUUGGUUGUUGUGAGAGGCGCACCAUGGCAUCCCAGCCGAGUGUAAACAAUGAAGAAAGGAACCUUCUUCGCCUCCAAGCAUGGGAACAGAGGAACCAAGAAACAAGUCAAGCCAAAGAACUAAACCCUCAGAAUGUACCGCUCUUUGGAGAACCGUACAAAACAAACAAAGGGGAUGAGCUUUCCAAUCGAAUCCAGAGGAUGCUGGGCAGUUAUGAAGAUGUGAAUAGUCCCAGUCCCUUAGCCAUUGAGCCCUUACCUGUUCCUACUUAUGUAACCCUCUCACAGUCAGAUCAGGGUCAGCUGAAAACAGAUAAAUCAACCAAACCUCCAUUCCAUAACCAGGCCCAUUACAUGUCCACCCAAAGCCAAACAGGCCCUCCUAGUAACAGUUACUCCUCUCAGCCCAUGAGGGCGUCCACUGCCUCCUCUUCUCCUAACCACCAUGGACAUUCAUCCACUUUGUCUAAGGCUUCCUUGAACCACAGUCAGCUCAGCCACUCAACACAUCAACAAAAGAAGAGUGAAGCCUUCUCAGAUCUCAGGGAGCGUGUCAGCCUUCCUCAGGAAAUGUCUGCUCAGGCUCCUGAUGCUAAGCCGCUACCCUUCCUACAUUCCAGUGACCAUAUCAAAACGGAGCCCAAAGACACACACACUAAGGACACCUUUGAUUUCCAUCAUCUUCAAGGGUCCACAGAUCACCCUUCUGCUAGCACCAUGGAUGUUUCCACAGUAAAUCUUAAGCAGUCCCCUAAAGAUGCAUCUCUGCCUCAAGCCAACAAAGGUAACACACUACCCUCGCAGACCUUCCCUCCACUCCUGUCGUCUAAGCAGCCCAGCGUAGUCAUGACCCAGAAGCCAACAGCGUAUGUGCGGCCCAUGGAUGGUCAGGACCAGGUGGUCAAUGAGUCACCUGAGCUCAAGCCUUCACCAGAGCCAUAUGUACCUCUCCCAGAGAUGAUAAUCAACAAACCUGACCUGGGCAAAACAAAGAUACUGCCACAGUUUUUGGAGACAAGAACAAAUGAGGCUCAGUGUGUUGAGGACAUCUUGAGGGAAAUGACCCACUCGUGGCCUCCUCUCCUGACAGCUAUACACACACCUUUCACAGAAGAACCCUCCAAGUCCCCUCUCCCAGCCAAGGAAGCAGAGCAUGUCUCUUCAUGUCCAGGACAAAAAAAGUGUGACUACUCUUCUACAGAUCCAUCCCAUCUCAACCAGAAGAGCUCAUCUUCAUUCGAAGCAGCACAUUCCAGCGGGGUAGAGUCUGCAAGCUCCAGCGACUCGGAGAGUAGUUCAAGAUCAGAGUCGGACAGUGAAAGUGCCACCGAGGAGCCACCUCAACCACCAGCGAGCAGCUCAGUUAAAACUGAGCCUGAUGCUCCAGCAGUGACCCGCGGCGACUGGCAGUUGGGGAACUGGAUCAGGUCCAACCAACAGAACUCCAGCACUGAAAGUCAAGACGUCUCUGAGAGUCCCGCACACAAACAGUUACAGCCUACUCAUAGCUCCAAGCACUCCAGUGUAGAGGUGAUCGACCCCACCAGGGAGUCUAAACCUCAGCUUUCUUCUCACCAAAAAGAGUUCAUUGACAACCUUCCCAAACCCCAGCAGUGUAGUGAAAGCUCUCAGGAUGACUAUUGCCAGAAAAGUAGCCAAAAACCCCCCUCUGUUGAACUUAACAACUGUACCACUUCCAGGAAACUUUCAGGCAACGCACGCCCCUCCAAACCGGUGAAGGCAGCUUGUUCAGAUCACACUGAAGCAGCUCUCGGUGUGAAAUCUGAGGAAGUAGUAGCCACACGAGACAAAGACCCCUGUUUCACAGAUAGACCCAAGGUGAAAACGAAAACGGGUCAUUGCAAGAAAAGCAAGGAUAGCGGUGACGCUAAAAGAGACAGUAAGAGGACUUCUAAACACACCUCACUCGACAAGCGAAAGGCUGAAUCAGAGCCACGGCCUGACGUCACGCCGGUCCCGUACGGUCAAUGUCCAUCUUGUGGUGUGAGAUAUCCUAACCCCUGCUCCUGCCCCACUCCAAGUCCUGCUCAGCCCGCUCAGCCUGCGCAGCCUGACCAGCUGUCUCUGGCCCCUCCAGUCAGAAUCAGUUGUAACAUACCCAAGGCAGACACCAUCUGCCAGAAGAUGCCUCACAAAACUUCAUGCCCUGCAACCCCAAAGCACUCAGAGAAGACUGGGCAUGCUGCCAAAGGUUCUCGGGAUCCCUAUAGGCCUCCUAGAUCCCUGCUGGUGAAGAUUGAUCUCAGUCUGCUCUCAAGAGUCCCCCAGACCUCAGGCACUCACCAAAGGAUACCCAGCAAUACAAAGAGACCGGCCCUGGUCGUAGAGCAAGAAGGAGGAGGCAAUGACGCCUCUACAACACACAAACACACCAAAACCAGCAAAAAGAGUAUACUUCAAAAUGUUGAGGUAGACAAUAAAACUCUUCCCAGGAAGAAACAGAGACUGGAUAACAAGAAUACCUCAUCAACUAAUGCUUCUAUCAAACUGGAAAGUUCCAGCAAUCCAACGGAGGAUCAGGAGAGAAAGAAGGCCAAGAAAAAUCCUGUAAAUUUGCAGCAGCCUCCAACACCCAAAGACACUAAUAAAGACUCAAAGUCACACAAACGCUGUUCUGGGGAGACCCAGGAGUCCAGUAAAGAGGCUGUAAAGAGAAAAGACUCCCACAAGCACAAGAAGAGCAGUGGAAAACACACACAGUGCCCACAUGUCGAAAAGCAGAAACCCCCAAAGAGCAGCCUUGCCGUCCCAUCUUCUUCACAGCCCACCAGGGAAACUGUGACCAACAGGCCUUUGCUCAGAUUUGAUGACAGGCAAUAUCCAGUGAAGCAUUACAUAAAGGAGGCCAAAAGACUGAAACACAAAGCAGAUGCAGAGUCAGAUAAGCUCAGUAAAGCUUUGAACUACCUGGAUGCAGCCAUGUACUUCGUCGAGAGCGGCAUCGCAAUGGAAAAAGAUCCACAGAUUUCAAUGUCUUCCUACACCAUGUUUGCAGAGACUGUAGAACUCCUCAAGUUUGUACUGAAACUUAAAAACACAGUGGACCCCUCUGCUCCACCUGCAGAAAAGGACUUUUUAGCUUUAUGUUUGAAGUGCCAGUCUCUCCUGCAGAUGGCCAUGUUUCACCACAAACACAAAACUGCACUCAAGUAUUCAAAGACCCUCACUGAUCAUUUCAAUAACUCUGCUCAGGCAACACAGGAUCCUUCUGUCUGCACAUUAAAAGGCAUAGACACCCCGUCCCCUACGCCCAACAUGCCGUCUCCAGCCAGCACAUCCAGCAGCUCAGGUCCUGGCUCCAGCCGCAGCGGGUUGGUUGUGGGCCCUGUUGGCAGCACUGUGGCAGUUCCCCAGGCCAUUGAACAAGUGGCAUUCACCUAUGUCAACAUCACUACGUUAUUCUUGAGCGCUCAUGACAUCUGGGAGCAGGCGGAGGAGCUGGCACACAAAGGCAGCGGUUUGCUGACAGAGCUGGACACUGUUAUGGGCCCGUUGAGUUUAACUUCCAGUAUGAGCUCCGUGGUCCGUUACACAAGACAAGGCGUCCACUGGCUACGGCUGGACAGCCACAAGGUAAAGUGACCAACAGUCCGCUCCUCCCGCUAGAUGCCUACAAACCAUUUGACGCUGACACCGGUCUCUGGGGUCGACACCAGAUUACACAUCUGCCAGCUGUGUUUUUCUACUUUCACAUGGACAUUAACUCAUCUCGUCAAAAAAGGGAGACGCAGAUAUCAUCUCACGUCUGUGGAAUUUCCACUUUUGAACAUCACACUCGUUCGUUUGUUCUUCUCUCCAUUUCUCUUUCUCUCUGGCACAAAAAAAUAUGGGCUGCAUCUGGUGUCUUUGCAAGAUUUAACAUGCCUUCCUGUUCUUUUAUCAUGUCAUGGACGAGGCUUUACUGAGGAGUCCCCUCAACUAAAUUCAGAUGGAAACACAUCAAAUAUAACCAAAAGUGCCGUUUGGUGGCUCUACGAUUCUACUCAGCUUUAUCACAUGGUUGCGACGGUGCAGACACUAACACAGAUCUUAUUUAUUAUUAUUAUUACGAUCACAACACUAUUAUGGUUUAUAACUCACAGACAGUAAUCACAAGGUCUGAAUGAAAAUACCUGGUAAAGGCACUUAAAUCAUGUCUGAAAAGUAUCAUGUUUAAACUCAACACCACACAGUUUAUUUUAUUUAAUUUGAGAUGAAGUUUCCCUGUUUCAGUCUGAAUGAUUGGUUUGAUUUGGAUUUUGGAUUUUUUCUUAACCACAAAUCACUGUCAGGAUCACCCAAGAGUUGUUUUUUUUUUAGAACAUUUCAGCUCCUCACAACAUUGGUAUCAUAAUGGUGUUUUUUCCUUUAAGAGAACAGGUGUGACAUGGUUUAAUCUUGACUGUAGGAAGUAGAGAUCAAUCAAACACAGGGACAAUGUUGCUGCUAAAAAUGGAUCAAGUGUGCAAAAGCACCAGGUAGUAAUAAAAAAUAAAAAAAAACGUUUAAUUUAUUCAGUUUAGAUAAUACUUUAGAUAAUUCCUGGUUUACAUAUGUAAUUUCAGUUUGCAAAUUAGUGUUGUCAGAUGUAGAGAUUUAACCCUGAUACACAUCACGUUUGAAACACACUUCUUGUGCAAUAAGUAUAUUGAUUUAAAAAAAAAAUAAAAAAGAAAAGGAAAAAAAACAUGCAACAUUCAGACUUAUUUGUCCUCAGAAGACUCAAAAAAAAAAAUUGAAAAUAGGUUGAAUCAUAAUAUGAGAUUAUGAAGAGGUUGCCUCAUAACAAAGAUGAAUCUGGACACAGAUUAUAAUCUGCACAUGAGUAAUGAUGAAGAGGAGGCAGAGUAGGAAAGAUUGUGAUAACCUGUACAACAUUAUCAGACUGUGUAAAGGAUGUAAAGAUGCUGUUUUUCAACAUAAGUUGCUUAUUAAAAGUUGUUUUGUAUCAGAUGGAACUGAAGCCUUAAUGGAUUUCACAGUAUAACCAUUUCUUAAGUCCGACCUUUUCUGCUUCAGUAAGACGUUAGUUUGACUUUUGUCCGCGUGAGACUGAAUGAUGAUUGGAAGUUUUUUCUGAGAGCUGGUAGACUCGCGCUUCUGAUGUCACACUGUUUUGGUUUGUGGUUGACUUCUGCCGCUCGGGGGUCUUAAGAGAGGAGGUGUCAUCUUUUUUUUUUUUUUUUCUGGCUGUAGCGCUGCUGCUGGUAGUUUCAGACCAAAGCAGACUUGAUUUUUAUCCUCUUCAUCUUCGUUUAUAAUUUUUUUUGCACUUGUGUCCUCCUUCUAUUGAAAAUCGAACAACAUGCGAGAACAAAAAAAAAAAAAAGAGGGAAUAAUCUUACACCCGUCUUUCUUUAGGUAUAGUGGUGGAUAUAGUGGUUCACAUCGGCCGUAUUUGUCAGUUUGAGUUACCUUUUCAAUUAAAGUGGGACGACCACAAGUCAUUUAACAGAAAAACUACAGUCCUGUUCCCUUUAUUUGUUUUUUUGCACCGAUAAGCUGCUUUCCUGUAAAUGUUUCCCAUGCUUCUGUUAGGUCGCAAAAUGUUUCCUAGAUGUGUGGGAGUAGAAUAAAUGGCCAAAACUAUUACGCUUAUUAAAGAAUGCACUUUUUUUUUUUUUUUUUUGAGUAUAUAUUCAGUUAAUUUCAGUGUGCUUUUUGGACAAAAGGAAACCCAAGACCGGCAGGACUGUGCUAGUCUUCACUCUUGUUUGUUGUAUCUUUUAAAUACAAGCAAUAAAGCGUGCGUUUUGUUGGCUCAGAAAUUAAGUGAGGUGUUGUUAUCACAGGCUCUUGCUAAUAAUACACAAGGGGAUACAGAAAUAAUCAGUAUGAAAUAAUGAUGUAGGAAAAGAUACAUUAGUUUGGACUAGCGCUUUUAAAAUAGCGCAUUUCUUGAAAUGAUUGCUUAUUGGGGUUUUUGACAUUUUUCGCUUGUGCUAAAUUCAGUUGGUGUGUUCGUGCAAUUGAAACGAUAAAAGGGCUAUAGAAGGAUCACACAGUGUUCCUAACUUUAUUUUCUCACAUAAAUGAUAAAGUGAUAUUUUUUUAAGUAAGGAGCGAGUACACUGGUGCCAUGGCAUUUGGGAUUAUUUUUAUGUACAGCAGGCUGCUAUAGAAAUGAUCGUUAGAGUCUCUCACCACAAUGUCUUCACUGCACACGAGUUGAAACCACCAGUUUUGGCAUUUGACAUUCAUAAGUAGUGCAACUUCAUAUGUUUUUUUUUUUUUUUUUGUCUUGUCUUCCAACCUGUGGCUUUUAUUUCCAUUAUCCUUGACUGUUGGUGCUUCGUUUAUGAAUUUCUCUGCAACAAGUUUACACUUCUUGUCCAAAUAAUUAUUUACUGGAAAAAAUGUUAAGAAAGGCUUUUUGAAGGAUGCGUUUUUUCCUUUUUGUGAAAUAUGUAAAGAAUUUGUGUUGCAGUGUACAGAGAUGAAUAAACACUGGAAAAUAA